GCAUAUCGUCCUUUCACAAAACUUCGGAAGUAUUCUAAUUUAAACAACAGAGUGUUGAAAAUUAGGGAUCGAUAAAAAAAUGAGUAUUCGUAAAAUUUCCGUACAGCACCAUCCUACAUUAUGCAUUCAGUUCUUGGAUAGAGAAAACAAUGACAAAAACAAUACAUUGCCAUUGGGAAAACAGAUUUGUUUUACAACAGUAUGGGGCUGUGCGGAAAUUUUACCUAAGUAUUUUUCUGGUCCGUUUCAGUGAUGUACUCUGCAUUAAGAUCAAAAUGAACUCGUUCUUUGCGCGCGCUCUUAAAGAGGGUAUGUUAGCCAGGCUGAAGAGAUAUUUAAGUUGAAGACUUUAUUACAAUAGGAGUAUAUGACUAUUUCAUCCUAUUACAGGAUGAAGGUAAGAUUCUCACACAGCCCUGUAGUAUUGUAAAACAAAACUGUAUUCCUAAAGGCAAUCUAUUGUUUUCGCCAUUGUUAUCUUUAUCCAAGAACUGUAUGCAUAAUGAAGGAUGGGGCUAUGGGGGAAUCUUACCCAGCUGUAAACGAGGCCUUCCAAGGGGGGGUUUUGAUGUUCCCUUGUUGCUCGUAUAUCAACACUCCUGUCUCUUAUUUGAUAAGGGACAAAUGUUGCUGUCACUUCGAGUUCUUUACUAGAAUAAAAAUGGCAUUGUCACACUAAAUUUGGCAAUACAAUCAUUUUUGACUUGUGCCAGCACUGGGGCAUGUUGUCUUUUUAACAAAGGAUCAACCACACAUAAAUUUUUAUUGGCUUUAGGAGUAGUAAGAAUUACAGAGACCACUUCAAGGCUUCAUAUUUGUGUUUCAUUAUCGGUCGUUGGCCGAUAGCUUCCCCACUCGAGUACUUAUCUUUUACACUUAUAUAGUAAUGAAGAACACAAUUCUCUCUAGAUAAAUGUUGUAUCAUGGUUUGAAUAAGGAGUCUUGACUUUUUAGUGGUUUAUUAGUUUAGUGAGGCUGGAAAGAUCACAAAAGAGUCAUGCGGUCCUGGUCACAAUGUCUCUGCCAUGAAUAUCAAAGCAAAGAAAUGUCACUUCAUCAAAAUUAAAAAUGGAUAGUCGCUGUUGCAAAAUAUUGCUUCUUUUCUAUCAGUUUUUGUGGACUGUUGGUGCUCCUGAACAAGAUUUUCACCAUAUUUUUUAGCAAAUUAUGUUGCUUGUUGCCAAGAUCCCUUGAAGGCCUUGUAAAUCAAAACAUCAAAUAUACAUUGGGCUUUGUGAGCUGUUUUAAUCAUGUUAAAUGUUUCUGUCAAUCUGAAAAAUAGGAUGUGUAAUUGUAUUCAUAAUCUAGCAGACAAAAUUUUCAAUCAGAUUGAAAAUCCUUUAGGCAUGCUUUAGUGUGGAGUUGCCACACUCAGUAUACAUACCUGGUGGGUACCCUGUGUUCCUCUUAUCUGUCUUGAGUGAGGAGCUGGUAGGCCAAACUUCCAUUGUAUUGAUGAAAUUCUGAGUCUGUUCUUGUGCAAAAAAGAUUAUUUUUCUUGAUGUGACUUGUCUCUUAGUUAACAUUGGCACAGAUUCGAACUGUCAGUCUUAAGGAAGUGUCCAACUUAAACAAUUACAGGUGGUGUCACCAGUAAUUCAGAGAUUAAUGGGAAUGAACAUGUGUAAAACUGAUACACAUCUGUAUUAAGGUUUUUUGAAACUGUUUCCUCAAGGAGAGCUUACAAGUUGGAAGGGGAAUAUUAGAAAGAAAACAAUGGAACAGAAAUAAAUUGUCAAUCAAACAUUUAUGCCAUCUGAAAAAGGACACACCUGUGACAAAAACCCAAGACCUCAGAGAUGUCUGAAGUGACAGUCCUUGAUUAUGGAGCAGGAAAUAUCCGAAGUCUCAUUAAUGCUCUUAAACUUCUUGGUUACAAUGUGAAAUUUGUGAAAGAUGCCAAGGAUAUCCUAAGUGCAGAAAGGCUUAUCUUUCCAGGUGUUGGAGCCUUUGGAAGUGCAAUGGCUCUUCUUGAAAGCAGUGGUUUUGUGGAACCACUUAAGAAGUACAUCCAACAAGACAGGCCAUACUUAGGAAUUUGUCUUGGACUUCAGACAUUGUGUGAUGGCAGUGAAGAGUCUCCAGGUACCAAAGGCUUGUCUGUGAUACCUGCAACUGUGACACAAUUCAACAAGGCUGAAGGUCUUGCUGUACCACAUAUGGGUUGGAAUGGACUUAAGCUUCGUAAGGAAUCAGCUCUGUUCCCAACUGGUUUCUCCAGUGAAGAAAAAGUCUACUUUGUCCACUCAUAUGCAUUACAUUCACAAAGCAAAGAGAUCGAUGAGUGGGUUCUUGCCACUACUGAUUAUGGAGAGGAGUUUAUCAGCAUUGUGCAAAAGGGAAAUAUUGUUGCUACACAGUUCCACCCAGAGAAAAGUGGAGAAAUGGGAAUUAAAAUAAUCAAGAGCUUCUUGGAAAGUUUUCCAAUGAGUGCAAAGAUUGCAAGUAUUCCCUACAAACUGCCUGAUGCCAGUAAGCCAACACAACUUGGUCAUCGCAUCAUUGCUUGUCUUGAUGUCCGCAAUAAUGAUCAAGGAGACCUUGUGGUCACCAAAGGUGAACAAUAUGAUGUGCGCGAACAAUCCAUUACAGAGAAUAUUCAUUCUGUCACACAAAUUAAGGGUGCUGUGAGAAACCUUGGAAAACCUGUAGAGUUGGCACGCAGGUAUUUCAAGGAAGGAGCAGACGAAAUAGUAUUUUUGAAUAUUACAAGCUUCAAAAACUGCCCUCUCCAUGAUCUUCCAAUGCUAGAGGUACUUCGGCAAGCAUCUGAAAAUAUUUUUGUCCCCCUUACUGUCGGGGGUGGUAUUCGUGAGAUACUUGCCCCAGGCAAAGAUGGUGACCAAUCAAAGAUGAAGUGUUACUCAGCUGUGGAAGUGGCAGCUGAAUACUUCAGAUCUGGAGCAGACAAGGUGUCCAUUGGCAGUGAUGCAGUGUAUGCAGCUGAGAACUUCAUAUCAUGUGGUGGAAUUGCAACUGGCCAAACCUCUAUUGAAACAAUAGCUGCUGCAUAUGGGCGUCAGGCAGUAGUUAUCUCAGUUGACCCAAAGCGAGUUUGUGUUCCAUCCCGUGAGGCUGUACAGCAUCAUGUGAUUCACUCAAGUUACCCUGGUCCAUCUGGUGAGGAAUACUGUUGGUACCAGUGCACAGUGAAAGGAGGGAGAGAGUUGCGAGAUAUUGGAGUGUAUGAAAUGGUGCAGGCAUGUGAAGCUCUUGGUGCAGGAGAAAUUAUGCUUAACAGUAUUGACAGGGAUGGAACUAAUAGUGGUUACGAUCUUGAACUGGUUGCCAUGGUCAAAGAAGCUGUUGGUAUUCCAGUGAUUGCUUCUAGUGGUGCUGGUCAUGUCAAUCACUUCUCUGACGUGUUCCAAGAUGCACAUGCUGAUGCAGCACUAGCAGCAGGAAUAUUUCAUCGAAACACAGUUUCAAUCAAUGUUGUUAAAGAGCAUUUGUUGAGUGAAGGAAUCCCUGUUAGAGUUUAAACAGAUGGCUAAAAAGUUACCUUCAAUUUACAUCUAGACACUGUCUAUGAUUUCGUAUCAUAAUAUAAUUUAUAAUAACUAGUCUCAACAGAGGGUAGAAAUAAGAACUCACUGAAGAAACCUGUCAGUCAACUAUUAGCCAACUGUUGGCUAAAAUUUCAAGGAUAAUUAUAGUCAGGGUGAAGGGUUGAAAGUUGUUCAUUGUUAACCCUUUAACUCCCAGAUAUGAUAAACAUGUAACUUCCCCCUUUAGUAUCCAUACAUUCAACAAACAGGUAAUGAAAAUACUCACACUUAUCAGGUAGAAGUUACUAUCUUGGUCUAUCACCACUCACAACAAAUCAGAUCUUGGAAGUUAAAUGGUUAAAAAAAUUUAGUUGUUGCUGAGAAAAACAGCCAUCUCACAUUGAACUCUGUAUUUAUUCUUUCAAAAGGCAACCUGUAAAAAAAGGCAUCUAAAUUCAUACAAAAACAAAGAAGUUGGAUGAUAAAUAACUCUCUCACAUUUUAGUGUGUAGAGUUGCUGAGUAUUUUUACUCAUUGUUUGUAUUUUACAGCACAACUUGCCAAGAUACUCAGUGACACUACACACCAAAAUGUCUAAUAGGAUAUUUAUCCCUUUCCUCUGGUGGUCAGCUUUUGAAAUAUUUCAUGGAGUUUUUUAGUGAACCUUUCAUGUAAUGAAGAUAUAUGAUAAGGAACCAAUCAGUCUUAAGUGAUGCACAGUUGUUUGUCAUUAUCAUUUUAUUACUUAAUGCAUCAUACAUGUAUUUAUUAAAGGAAAAUUGAUAAGCAAUGUAAUAUAAAGUAAAAAGACACUGGCUGUAUGCAUUACAUUUGCUUUACUAUCUCUAAAAUUUCUGUCAUAGAUUAUGCUCUAAACAAACCUGUUCCUAGCAUUCAGUUGUUAAAACAAAGUGCAAUAGCUAAUGCCAAAAUAGUAGCAGAGCAGUGAAAAAAGGAGUGAUGUUUGGGUCAGGUCUCAUUCCUUACCCACACCUUUACUUUUUCACUCUACUGCAAACAUCACCCCAGUUUGCUAAUUAAACACCUGGGACAGGCCAUGUUCUCUCACACACACACACAAAAACCAAAGGUUGUAGCACUAAACAAUCACUAUGAAACAGAUAAAUGUUAUUGAUUAAAUGAAGUAAAACCCUUAAUGACUUUGAA